AUGCAACUUAGUAAUUUGCCUCCCGAUUUAUUUACGUAUAAUAUUCUUAUUGAUGGUUAUUGCAAAAAUGGUUGUGUUUUGGAGGCUGUUGAACUGUUCCAUACUUUAAUAAAUCGAAACAUUCAACCUGACAUCACAACUUUCAAUUGUCUCAUUAAUGGGUUGUGCAAAACAGGGAGACUCAAUAUUGCUUGGGAAAUGUUCAACAGAUUACAUAGUAAUGGCUUUGUUCCAGAUGUUAUUACAUAUACCAUUAUAAUGCAUGGAUUUUGUAAGGAAGGAAAGUUAGAAAUAGCAAGUAAAUGUUUCUCAGAUAUGGAGCAAAAUGGUGUUGCGCCAGACUUGCUCACUUUCAAUACGCUUAUGUCUGGUUUCUUGCAGAAUAAUGAGACUUUAAAAGUGGUGGAACUUCUUCACAAAAUGAAAGAGAGAAAUGUGAAACCAGAUGCAUCCAUAGGUUCGAUAAUAUUAGAUUUACUGGGAAAGCAUGAAGAUUAUCGUGAAGAAAAUACUGACAAAGAUGCUCGUAAGGUUGUAGAUGGUUUUGCACCUAAGGCCACUGAUCAAAAUGAUGCUAUUGAGAAAUGGAAUCUUUAUUUCUUUGGAGAGAUGAAUCCCCUUGAUGAAGUCUGUAGUAAGAAGUUGGUGGUAGCUGAUGCUAAGUUGAACUUGGAUGAUGAUGCUGCCUUCCUGGUAGAAGGGAAUCUCUCUUGUGAUCCAUCACAAGAGGGUCCUUGA